AUGCAUUCUGAAGGUACAACUUCUUCUCGAAGUUCUUCAGAGAUUAACCCAUAUACAGGUAAUCCAUAUUCGGAAACAUACAAAGAAAUACUCGAAACUCGAAAAAAACUUCCCGUUUAUGAACAUCGAAUGGAAAUUAUCGCAGCAAUUAGAGACAAUCCAAUUGUGAUCAUAGAAGGUCAAACAGGUUCAGGUAAAACCACUCAAAUUCCUCAAUUUGUUCUCGAAGAAGCAUUAUCACCAUACGGAAAAAAAAUUGUUUGUACACAACCAAGAAGAGUUGCUGCUAUCAGUAUUGCAACACGUGUAGCACAAGAAAUGGAUGUCAAAUUAGGUGAUGUUGUUGGUUAUUCAGUUAGAUACGAUGAUUAUGUCAGUGAAAAUACAAAAUUAGUUUAUAUGACCGAUGGUUUGUUAAUGAGAGAAUUUAUUUCAGAUCCGAAAAUUUCUAAGUACGGUGUUGUUAUUAUCGAUGAAGCCCACGAAAGAACAGUAAAUACAGAUAUUAUCAUAGGUAUUCUUAAACUUAUCGGAAAUGUACGUCCAGACCUCAAGAUUAUUAUCAUGUCUGCUACACUUGAUGCCGGUAAAUUCGUUCAAUUUUACACACAUGGCGAUAUUACACCACCACACCUCAAAAUUCCAGGCAGACAAUUCAAUGUCGAAGUUUUCCAUCAGCCGCAGAUGGUACAAAACGAAAUUACAGCCGCUGUUAAUAAAUGCAUGGAAAUUUUAGAAAAAGAAUCUUCAGGAGACAUUCUUAUUUUCAUGACCGGUGAAGAUGAAAUCGAACGUGCAUGUUCAAUCCUUAGAGAUCGCAUAUCAAGAACUCGUGUUACAGGUUCCGUUGUAGAUGCAUUAGUUUUUCCACUUUACGCAGCACUUCCUCCAGGAGAACAGGCCAAAGUAUUCAAUAAACUUAGUGCUGGAACCCGUAAAGUCGUUGUUUCUACAAAUAUCGCUGAAACAUCUGUUACAAUUGAUGGAGUUGUUUAUGUCAUCGAUUGUGGCUAUGUUAAACAGUCAGGAUACAGUCCAAGCAGUCGCAAAAGGUCUCUCAAUAGAGUCUACAUCUCCAAAGCUGCUGCAAACCAAAGAAAAGGACGUGCAGGAAGAACAUGCGACGGUUUUUGCUACAGAAUGUACACGCAAGAGCAAUACGAGAUGAUGGAAGAGCAGUCCGUACCGGAAAUACAACGAUCAGACCUUUGUUCGGUCAUUUUGUUGAUGUUGGCCGCUCAUAUAUCUGAUAUCGUACACUUUCCGUUCCUUGACCAUCCCCACUACAAACUUCUUGUUGGGGCAUUGGAAGAACUCUACCAUCUCGAUACUUUUCUGCCUCACAGCCCUUUGCCACAAAAUUCAUUACCAGAAGUUCUCAGUACAGAAGGAAAACUAAUGGCCGGACUACCAAUAGAGCCAAAGUACGCCAAAGCGCUUCUUUCCUCGUACGAAUACGGCAACUCCCGAGAUAUCAUCGCAAUUGUCGCGAUUUUAUCCGAACAAGGACAGAUUUUCUUGCAUCCAAGGAACAAGAAGAAGGAAGCUGACAUAGCGCACAAGCCUUUUAUCAAUGAAAAAGGUGAUCAUUUGACAUUGCUCCAAGUCUACAAAGAAUACAUUAGACAGGGCAAUAAAGGAACAAGCUGGGCCAUCAGUAACUUCUUCAACCACAGAUCCCUUGAAAAUGCACGUAAAGCGGCCAAACAAUUAGAGAGAUUAUUGAAAAAUUUCAAUAGAUAUAGAAAUGAAGAUGAAGAUUUCAAUGCUCCUGUUAAUGAAGAAAAGUUCUUCUUGGCUCUGUUGAAAGGUUCAUUCAUGAAUGUUGCAAAACUUGGAGAACACGAGAAAUACCAAGUUGUAACAGGAAGAGGACAACAAAAGGCAGAAAUUAAGUUUUCUGCAUUGGAAACAUCACUUUUUGAAGAUAAAAAGUGGGUUAUUUUUGAUGAAUUUGUACAGACUGAUCAUGAUUACUUGAGGACUGUUUCUGUUAUCAAUCCAAACUGGCUCUGCAUUGCUGCACCAACAUUCUACGUCGCAGAGAACUUCAGAGAUCCAGAUAUUGCUCAGGAAGUUGCGGAACUUAGAAAAGAAUAUACACGCAGUUUGCAUGCAUAA